UAAAAUUUCUUUGAGGCUGUCUUAAGCCUUUUUAAUUACUUUUCUUCUUUGGUAAAAUUACUAAAAUUCACGCUGCCACUCUACUAAUCAGUUUUUGGAUCGAAAUUCUUAAAGUCUUUCCUCAUUUUCUUUCUUCAAUUAAAUUUUAAAAAAAUUCAAGCUGCCUUUGCAACUGAAAGUAAACAAGAUGGGCUGGCGCCCAUCGUUGCGUUCGGAUAAUACCACCAAUACGGAUCUUAUGGAGGGUCCAACUCCCCGUCAUUCUUUGCUGUCCGGAAGGUAUAAACAGAGUUUUGCCUACUUAACACUGAGGACCCGCAUGCCGGGAAUAAUGCAGCAGGUUAUCAUGAGGUUGUUGGGUGAUUUACCGGAACUGGUGGAAAAAUACGGGGAGGAUGUGCGCAAGGAUGUCAAGCUGAUAGUGGAUGCGAUCGAACGCUUGAAGAUGGAACUGAACCGGGAUCGGCAAUUCCUGCUCUUCCAUGGCGCCGAACCGGAUAAGGCCGAGUGGAAUGCCUUUUUAACCGAGAUGCCACGCCCAAAAAGGUACUUCUUUCGCGCCUGCUGGCUGCACUCCGAGUGCUACCUGUACCGGCGUAUCUUCUCCUUCUUCGAGAACAGCCGCUUUCUGCACCACUUCGACUACUUUGAUCACUUGAAGCAGGAGGAUCUGAUGAUCAGCGAUGCGGCUAUGAGGGCUUUGGCCAGAGCUACUCGGAAUUUGCCCAAGAGCUAUGAUGUCUUCAGCAAGCUAUUGAGAAUCAAUCUGUGGGGCAAUCACUUCGAAAUGCAGCUGGGUGCCUUUGAGUUCGGAGAGGAGGACAACCAGAACGAUCUGAAUGUCCUCGUUCAGGUGGCCGACAUCGAUAGAAUCCUCCUCGUGAAUGACUCCACACUGAUCUGGAACUGUCUGAUGAAGCCGUCGGCCAAGGGAAACGUUAAUCGCAUAGUGGAUUUUAUAUGUGAUAAUGGGGGGUUUGAGUUCUUCACCGAUAUGGUGUUGCUGGAAUAUAUGGUGGACAAUAAGCUGGCCACCCAGGUUCGGGUGCAUGUCAAGGCAAUUCCUUGGUAUAUAUCCGAUGCAACCCGGGCGGAUGUUGACUGGACUAUCGACUAUCUGAUUCGGAACAAGGAUGAGUAUCUUUCGACGGUGGGGAAGAAGUGGGCACGCCUCAUGAGUUCCGAAAAGAUUGUCAUCGCACCCACAUCAUAUUUUUGGACAGGACCACAUUCCUAUUUCGUGAUGGUCGAGUCGGAUCUGGAGCUCUAUCGCUUGCUAACCACCUCUAGAUUGGCAAUUUUCAAGGGGGAUCUCAACUACCGAAAGCUGAUGGGCGAUUAUAUUUGGGAUUCGGCGGAGGAGUUCAUCACCUGCUUGAGAGGCUUUCGACCUACUAAUAUCUGUGCUUUGCGCACCGUCAAAUGCGAGGUGGUUUGCGGUCUACCCGAGGGCAUGGCCGAUACACUUCUGAGGUCCGAUCACAACUGGAUGAUAUCGGGGAACUAUGGAGUUAUCCAGUACACCGACUCGCUGAAAUGUGGAUGCGCUCUGCCGGGUCAGGAUGGCGCCGAUCGAGAAGAUCAGGGAACGGCACUGGUGGUGCCCGAAUCCCAGAGGUCGACGGUGCUGCUAACUCCCAGCUCUUAAACGAGUGCGAAUUUGUCAGUCGUCGGAAAUCGAAUGGCCUCGUUACACCCACACGGAUUGGGAACCCGAAUCGGUGCUGCUGGUUUGCUGCCAGUGCUGCCAAAAAUCGCCCAAGGAUGCUUUAAGCCCGGCUUUCUGGCCAAUUGUCGGCUGACUAAUGCUGUUGGUUUUAUAGAUGGGGCGCACAUGCGCACCCAUUUGUCCCGACGACUGCCAAUUUGGAAAUGGAAAGUUGCCACAGUGCGAUAAAAUGCCUAAGGCAAGAAUUCAAGGCAGCAAAAAAAAAUAUGAAAAUUAAAGAUGUGCUGAUUAAAUUGAUUGUUUUGCAAGUUCAAAUUUGUCACACGACUACUGAAGGUAAAAGUGGGACUUUGGGACUGCUUUUACAUUU